AUGGCCGACGAAGCAGCUCGCGCUCACGCCGCUGAAGUGGCGCGCGCUCAAGAAGAAGGAAGAGAUCCACCUCCUCCUCCUCCUAAUCCACAAGACCCUGCUGGAGAUGUGAAUGCACAACCCAAGCUGGAGCACCUACAAUCGGAGACUAUGACUCUGCCGAUGCUUUCUUCAUGGAUAGAAACCCUAUCCAUCCACCACUUCCUGCAAGGAAUGACUAUGAGAUCAAGCCUCAGAUCAUUGCAUUGCACUACAAGAUCCAAUGGAGUCUCUGCUGACUACCUUAAGUGCAAGCUCUUUUCAUUCUCUCUUGGCGACAAAGCUUCAAGAUGGUUGAAGUCUCUGCCAGCUCACUCCAUCACCACUUGGGAUGAGUACAAGGCUGCAUUCAUCAACCACUUCUACACCAAACAGAGAUCAAUUUCUGUGAGAAACAAGAUCUCCACUUUCGCCAAGCAACAAUGA